GUAGCAGUAUAGUGUUAACUGAGCUAACGGUGCGCCAGUUGAAUCAAACUGUUUUAGGCCCUACUCGAUACAAAUUAGACAAUGCUGCUUCGAUCCUAUAACCUUGAAUGGGAUAAAGCCUCCCAGAAGACAGCAGACAACAGUCAGAGCUACUGAAGAAAACAAACCUCGAUCAGGAAUUGAACUCAAGCCUUUUUACCAUCGACAGUGAGCGAGGUGACAAGACCACGACAAGCCUAUGAAGAUGCAGCCCAGUAACGUCCCCUGUCCCACACGAAGGCUGGCAACUGGCUACUGCCUCACAUUGUGUUGAGCGCACGUGGAGACAAGCACCAGCUAUGAAGCUGCACAAAGUGGAGAAGACAGAACUGCCGGUGUUACUGGAGUGGUUGAAGGGACAUCUGCCAGACUCCUUCAAGCUCUAUUCCAACCUGAAGUUUUUGCUGCGCGGGUGGCUGGAGGGAUGGACAUUCUAUGCACUGGUCGACCCCGAUUGGCCUCACAUUAUGGCUGCCGGGGAAGGUCUGGCUGAAAGCGACAAAUAUGAGGCGUCCACAGCGAUAAUGCUGACGUCGUAGAAGAAGUGAGCCAACAAAAUGGCGGCGGCACCAGGGAUCAUUGUUACGCUUUCGACGUCCGGCCAGAAGAUUUGGUUUCUCUCCCGGGCACGCCUGCAGGCGCUACAGCACCGGAGGAACGAUGGCCGGUUCCUGAAGAUUUGACCCUUAGACAGCUUGACCCGGAUACAGACACAGCCAGGGCGGUCGAGGUCUGGCACCGGAAACGACGUCACGCGACGCAGUUCGUGAAUCGAAUCCUAAAACAUGUCCCGUCACUAGGGCUGUUUACUAAAGGGGGUCGCCUUGUAGCUAUGGAAUACGGAACCCACUGGGGCACUAUGGGAACUCUACACGUCGAUGACGACUACAGGGGGCGGGGCCUGGCCAAAAUCCUGACGUGCCGAUUGGCUCACAAGUUCUAUGAGGAAGGUCUUCCUGCCAUCGUGAACAUAAUCAGCACCAAUGCCGUAUCCAAAACUCUGCAUACAAAGCUGGGCUUUAGGCCGUUUGCAAAGCUAGACUGGUACAUGCAUGGUGAUAUAGCUGAAUACAAAAAGGAGGUUUAGCGAAUCAGACUUUUAGAGUUUUAUUUGUUAAUCCUUUUGGCUGAUUGUAUAUUAGAGAUCCGGUGUCUGUGGUGCAGCAGUGAGACUUUCCCCCACUUCUUAUGGAGAAAACCUGAGUUCAAUUCUCGAGUGGGGAAGUUUGAUCCGAGUAUUACCAUCUCUCUGAUGGAAUGACGCCUCCAACUCAACCAGGGUUGAUCGUUACAGGCGGCAGGAUCGAAACAGCCCGCCUCCGAACAGAUCAAAAUUUUCUUUUAUUCUCUCUUUUCAUUUUUGGUAUUUUUUAUAUUGUCAUGCCAUAAUAUUAAGUAUUGCAAAAUCCUAUGUAUAUGUAAUACAUGUAGUAAUGACAACAGUCA